AUGGAGAUGAUUCAAGACGUCCCCUGCCUUAGCAUGACCAUUGUGGCUGUCUCUAUUUGUUCUGCAGAGCACGCACAGUCGCAGAAGAAUGAGAAGGUGCGAUGUUCAAACCACGAUGCAACACACACGCUUGUUCUCUCCCUUGAUGGGAAGCUUUCUGAACACUGGGCUACAGCUUCAGCUGGCUGCUCUAAGACAAGGCUGGUGAAAGAACUAGGAAACCAAGAUAUUGUUCAAAUAGCAUGUGGGGACCAGCACGCCAUGGCACUCUCCAGAGGAGGUAAGCUUUUCACCUGGGGCCAGAACACCCAUGGACAGCUUGGAGUGGGGAGCCAAACCACGCUCAUCCCCCAACCACAGUUGGUGCAAAGACUAAAGGGCAUCUCACUUGCUCAAAUUGCUGCUGGAGGAGCUCACGGUGCUGCCGUGUCGCUCUCGGGAGCUGUGUACUCUUGGGGAAAGAACGAUUUUGGACAGCUGGGUCUCGGAGACACAGAAGACAGGGACUGCCCGUCGUACAUUGGAGCAUUAGAGCACUGGAAGGCUGUAUUUAUCUCAUGUGGGGCAGACCAUACCGCAGUGCUUUCCAAGGAGGGGUUGGUGUGCACCUUUGGAGCAGGAGGGGCUGGCCAGCUUGGUCACAACUCCACCCGGAACGAACUCACGCCUCGUCUGGUGGCCGAGCUGUGGGGAGCAAGAGUUUCACAGGUUGCCUGCGGCAGACAGCACACCCUGGUCUAUGUCCCCUCCUUGGACAAAGUCUAUUUGUUUGGUUGUGGUGAAGAAGGACAGCUGGGAGACGAGAGAAAGCCUAAUCAGUUAAUACCACUUCCCAUUGAUUUGCCAGUGAAUACUGGAAAAUCCUGUCGGGAAAACAACACAUCACAAAACGUGAUUGAAAUUAUUGCAGGAGGAAACCAAAAUGUCCUUUGCAAGAAGAACAAGAAUUCCUGUUUGAAUGGAAUUGCUACUCUGAAGGAUGAAGAUGUGGAUGCAUGGAUUUCUAAUUCCAGUUUGCAACACUGGAAGAGUGUAAAAAAGAAUAUUGAACUGAUCUUUUCAUCUGAGGCUUGCAUCAAUGGAAGCUUCCUGGAGAAAAGGGACAAACAUUUCAAAACUUCCAAAGAAGUCUCAGGUGUAGACAUGUCAGAAGUGCAACGUUUUUAUGGGAAGAUCAGAAAGAAGCCAAAAGUCUUUCAGGAGGUGCAAAAGGAGAUUGAGAAGUUACUGCCCUCAUUGUCUUCCUCUCCCAUCUCACCUGAAAAUUUCAGAGUCUACUUGAUCUUGCCUUUCCUUCUGCAGGAAGAGGAUGACAGCUCUUACCGUUCUCUCAGGCUGCUAGCACAUGCCAUCAUGAAGCUCCAGCCAAAGGAUCUGCAAACUCUUGAAUGCCUGUGGUCAAAUCUAGAAACAUCCUUUUUCAAGAAGCUGGUCAUUCUGUAUCAGAGGGUUUCCCAGAAAAACCUAUCUCAAUUUAUCAUGGAAGUCAGAGGUUGUCAAAGAAACCUCUACAACCUGCAUCCACAUGAAACAGAGACUCUGGAAAUACUGCAGAUUCUUUACCAGGUGAACUCCAGAACUGGUUUCAGGGUACAAGAAAACAACUUCUAUGUGCCUCAAGUGAAAGCGUUUACCAACGUGUGUAGGCUCUUUAAUGUAGAAUUAAUAGCCCUAUGGAAGCUGACUGAGUAUCCAUGCAUCUUUGACAUGCAAGACAAGAUUGUCAUUCAUUAUACAGAAUGCAACGCUCUGUCCAGCCUCUUUAUUGAUAUAUGA